AUGGGAAAAGUUGGCGCCGGCGGCGGCUCCCCAGCCCGGCUGAGCGCGCUCCUCGCGGGCGCGGGGCUCCUGGUCCUCUGCGCCCCGGGCGCCUGCGGCGGCGCCCCCCGCUGCCCCGAGCUGCCCUCCGGCCCGGCCCCGCGCUGGGCUCCGGCCCCGGCCCGGCCCGGCCCCGGGGGACGCCCCUCGCCGGGGCCCGCGGGCAGAGCGGCCGCCACGCCCCUGCCCCUCCAAGGGCGCCCCCUGUUCGCAGUGGCCCCCGGGGACCGAGCGCUGCCCCUGGCGCGGGCCCCCGGCUCCCGCGCGGCCGCCGAGGUCGCCCCGCGCUCGGGCCGGCGGAGGCGCAGGGAAGCGGCUCCGGGCAAGGCUGGCGGCGGGGGGCGCGCGAGCCGAAGCCCCCGGGGAGCGCUGCGGGACGGAGCGCGGCCCGAGCCCGGGACUCCGGAGCGGGACCCGGACAAAGCCACCCGCUUCCGGAUGGAGGAGCUGAGGCUGACCAGCACCACGUUCGCGCUGACGGGCGACUCCGCGCACAACCAAGCCAUGGUCCACUGGUCCGGCCACAACAGCAGCGUGAUUCUCAUUUUGACAAAGCUCUAUGACUAUAACCUGGGGAGCAUCACUGAGAGCUCGCUUUGGAGGUCAACUGAUUACGGAACAACUUAUGAGAAGCUGAAUGAUAAAGUUGGGUUGAAAACAAUUUUAAGCUAUCUCUACGUGUGUCCUACCAACAAGCGUAAGAUUAUGUUACUCACAGACCCGGAGAUUGAGAGCAGUUUAUUGAUCAGCUCAGAUGAAGGGGCCACCUAUCAAAAGUACCGGCUGAACUUUUAUAUCCAAAGCUUACUUUUCCACCCCAAGCAAGAGGACUGGAUUCUGGCAUACAGCCAAGACCAAAAGUUAUACAGCUCUGCCGAAUUUGGGAGAAGGUGGCAGCUAAUCCAGGAAGGGGUCGUACCAAACAGGUUCUACUGGUCCGUAAUGGGGUCAAAUAAGGAACCAGACCUUGUGCAUCUCGAGGCCAGAACUGUAGAUGGUCAUUCACAGUACCUAACUUGCCGAAUGCAGAACUGCACAGAGGCCAACAGAAAUAAGCCUUUCCCAGGCUACAUUGACCCAGACUCUUUGAUUGUCCAGGAUGAUUACGUGUUUGUUCAGCUGACAUCAGGAGGACGGCCACAUUACUACGUGUCCUACCGAAGGAAUGCGUUCGCCCAAAUGAAGCUGCCCAAAUAUGCUUUGCCUAAGGACAUGCAUGUCAUCAGCACAGAUGAGAAUCAAGUGUUUGCAGCGGUUCAAGAAUGGAACCAGAAUGACACAUACAACCUCUAUAUCUCAGACACCCGUGGGGUCUAUUUCACGCUGGCCUUGGAAAAUGUUCAGAGCAGCAGAGGUCCAGAGGGCAACAUCAUGAUUGACCUCUAUGAGGUAGCAGGGAUAAAGGGAAUGUUCUUGGCUAACAAGAAGAUUGACAACCAAGUGAAGACUUUCAUCACAUAUAACAAAGGCCGAGACUGGCGUUUGCUGCAGGCGCCGGACACGGAUCUAAGGGGGGACCCUGUGCACUGCUUACUGCCCUAUUGCUCACUACACCUCCACCUUAAGGUCUCCGAGAAUCCCUACACGUCAGGGAUAAUUGCCAGCCGAGACACAGCUCCCAGCAUCAUAGUGGCUUCAGGUAAUAUUGGUUCUGAAUUAUCAGACAGCGACAUCAGCAUGUUUGUGUCUUCAGAUGCAGGGAACACCUGGAGGCAGAUCUUUGAAGAAGAACACAGUGUUUUGUAUCUGGAUCAGGGUGGAGUUCUGGUUGCUAUGAAGCACACAUCUCUCCCAAUUCGACAUCUCUGGUUGAGUUUUGAUGAAGGGAGAUCUUGGAGCAAGUAUAGUUUCACAUCUAUUCCACUUUUUGUGGAUGGAGUUCUGGGUGAGCCUGGGGAAGAGACUCUAAUCAUGACAGUGUUUGGACACUUCAGCCACCGCUCUGAAUGGCAGCUGGUCAAAGUGGACUACAAGUCCAUUUUCGACAGACGGUGUGCCGAGGAGGACUACAGACCCUGGCAGCUGCACAGCCAGGGGGAAGCGUGCAUCAUGGGAGCAAAAAGGAUAUAUAAGAAGCGAAAAUCAGAGCGUAAGUGUAUGCAAGGCAAAUAUGCAGGAGCUAUGGAAUCUGAACCCUGUGUCUGCACAGAGGCCGAUUUUGACUGUGAUUAUGGGUAUGAGCGACACAGCAAUGGUCAGUGUCUGCCAGCAUUUUGGUUCAAUCCAUCUUCUCUGUCAAAGGACUGCAGCUUAGGACAGAGUUAUCUCAACAGUACUGGGUACAGGAAAGUGGUUUCCAAUAACUGCACGGAUGGAGUAAGAGAACAGUACACUGCCAAACCGCAGAAGUGUCCUGGGAAGGCCCCACGGGGGCUGAGGAUUGUCACCGCUGAUGGAAAGUUGACAGCAGAGCAAGGGCACAAUGUUACCCUCAUGGUGCAGUUGGAAGAGGGUGACGUCCAGAGGACACUCAUCCAAGUGGACUUUGGUGAUGGCAUCGCAGUGUCUUAUGUCAACCUCAGCUCCAUGGAAGACGGGAUCAAACACGUCUAUCACAACGUGGGCAUUUUCCGAGUGACCGUGCAGGUGGACAACAGUCUGGGCUCUGACAGCGCCGUCCUGUACUUACAUGUAACUUGUCCCCUGGAGCAUGUACACCUGUCUCUUCCCUUUGUCACCACAAAGAACAAAGAGGUCAACGCGACGGCAGUGCUGUGGCCCAGCCAAGUGGGCACCCUCACUUACGUGUGGUGGUACGGAAACAACACUGAGCCUCUGAUCACCCUGGAAGGAAGCAUAUCAUUCAAGUUUACUUCUGAAGGGAUGAACACCAUCACAGUGCAGGUGUCCGCUGGGAAUGCCAUCCUGCAAGACACAAAGACCAUCGCAGUGUAUGAGGAAUUUCGAUCUCUUCGCCUCUCCUUCUCUCCGAACUUGGACGACUACAACCCUGAUAUCCCUGAGUGGAGGAGGGACAUCAGCCGAGUCAUCAAAAAAUCCCUGGUGGAGGCCACAGGGGUCCCAGGCCAGCACAUCUUGGUGGCAGUGCUCCCUGGCUUACCCACCGCCGCUGAGCUCUUUGUCUUACCCUAUCAGGAUCCGACUGGAGAAAACAAAAGGUCAGCUGAAGAUCUGGAGCAGAUAUCAGAACUGCUGAUCCACAAGCUCAACCAAAACUCGGUGCACUUUGAGCUGAAGCCUGGGGUCCAAAUCCUUGUCCACGCAGCCCACUUAACAGCAGCCCCACUGGUGGACCUCACUCCAACCCACAGUGGAUCUGCCAUGCUGAUGCUGCUCUCAGUGGUGUUUGUGGGGCUGGCCGUGUUCGUCAUCUACAAGUUUAAAAGGAAGAUCCCGGGGAUUAAUGUUUAUGCCCAGAUGCAGAAUGAGAAAGAACGAGAGAUGGUCAGUCGGGUCAUUCACCCUGAAAGCAGGGCCCAUAUCCCUCAGACUGAACUAAGGAGGCCUGGCCAACUGAUAGAUGAGAAGGUGGAAUCACAGCUCAUAGGAGAGUAGCUUUACCCUCCCCUCCCUCCCCUUCUACUCAACCUGGUGACUCAUCUCUCCGAUUGCAAAGAGCAAGACACGCCACUCCACCUUCAACGCCAAAGCGGGGAUCUGCUGGGGCACAAUUUGCAAUUUAAGGAAAACCCCCAAAGGCUACAGGCGACCUGCUGAUCAGGAAAGAAUUUCGCUCUUGUCAAGUGCACCAUCCUUCAUGACCACUAACUUUAUGUUUUUUUCUUUCCUUUGUUGUUCUGUUUCCUAUUUUGCCAGGAAGUAUUUCCAUAGUUGCUGAGAAUCAAAGCACAAAAGAAAUCCCUACCUAUGUAAAUGUUUGAAUGGAGGACGCCAGUAAAAACAAAAUCAAACAAAAAUAAAAUAAAAACAAUCAAAAAUCCAAACAAACAGACAAACAAACACUCACUGCAUCGGGACUUUUUAAUUCUUCAGACACAGACAACAAGGGUUUUUAGCUUUAAGCCUGUGCAUGUGGACAAUACCUUGAGAACAUGCUGGAGGGGCAGUGUACAGGUGCUCUAUUUUAAUGGAAAAAACACUCCCCUCCCCCUUUCCUCUUCUCUCUCUUUUUUCUGAUCGGUCGUGUUUGUAGAAAAUUCAUAACAUAUAGAGGCCAAGGAAAUCUGCAUGUGUUUUUGGAAAUAUUCUUGGCUCUAGAUUUAACAGCUAUUUUAGCACUAGAGGCUGAUGGGGGGGAGUAGCCGCCCCAGCCCCUUUCAUACGACACAAAGACAUGCACAGGAGUGUGAAACCCUGAGCUGUUUCUCUGUCCCACUUUCCUCAUUGCCAAUUUCUUUUCUAAGUUUUCUCUGGUAGCUCUGGCGGCCAGCAGUGGCCACAAGGCUGCUUGCGUGUUGCAUUCUGUGUGGCCACAGGGAAGAAGGAGCCAGGUGAAGUUCCAUGUACGCAGGCAGAGUAGGGAAGGCAGGCAGGAGGGGCAAACAUGUCAGACGUGGACCUCUGUUUCCUGUUCACCCCUUUCUGUCACCAAGGCUUCCCCUGGUAGCUUUUAUACUCCCAUCCCAACUUAACAUAGAAAAUAGAAUCCCAGUUCCCCAGCGUCUGGCCUCCCCAUUUGUUUGCUACCCAGGUGUGGUCAUGAUUCUGUUGAUGUCUUUGUACCUCUUCCUUCCAAACUCCAAGUUGUCUUUCAACUCCUCCUCCUUUUUCUUCCCAAACAUGUUACUGAAUUCUACACAUUAACCUUGGUGUUCCCUAAAUACUGGCCUAGCGUCUGCCAGACUUGCCCGCCGCCCCCCGAACACUCACAACUUUAUGAUCUGUCAGCAUGCCCGCUUUCCUGCACACUGACCAGGCUGCAUCCUGCCCUGCAGGGUUUGGCUCGGCUCCAUGUUUCCUUUGUCUUCUCCUAUAGAACCUGCCUCUUCCAAAUAGCCUUGCCUUGUCCCACCUGGAAACAUGCAAAGUGUGUGAAAGAGUUUGAUGUAUGCAAAGCAAUUCAAACCUGGCCAUGUACACUGGGAAAGAAAGCAGACAGAUGAAUGGUGGUAUUCUCACACCUUAACAAAAAUCUCAUGUGCAGAUUCCAGAAUAUGCUUGUGAGAAAUGUUUCAAACAUGUUACUAUGUGGCAGGGCAAUUUCCUUCUGUAAUGGUUGCUAUUACCCAGUAUUUGUUCUCUCACAGUACAGUAAAAACAUUUGUAAAAUAAAACUGAUUUUAACCAGAAGAAGAAGCAGGUUAAUGGAUUUAAUAUUUAAGAGUGUCAAAAAAUAUAAGAGUAUAUGGAAGUCUUAUCUUACAUUAGGAUAAGAUUUUGAUUAUGUAGGAUGAUCCCAGACGUUUCACAGGUGUGCUCUCUGAUCUCUGAGUAUCAUAGUAUUGGCAAAGGAAAAAUUAGUAAGCUUCGAAGCAAGGAGGUAGAUGUCUAAACAAAGCAGAUUGGCUCAGAGUAUAAACAAUCCCCAUUUACCCAGGGCAAUAAUCAAAGAAGGCCCAGAGAAAGAAGGAAACAAAAGUCUGUUGAGCAGAAGUCCUUGGAGGAUUAUGAAUGGGGCAAAGCCCACUCUAAAAUAUAGGAGGAAGCGGUUUUGAAAACCAUUCACAGAGAGCAGCCUCCUUCUGGGCCAUGUUCCCAAGCCAAUCACAUCUAUGACAGGGUCCUGGUGAUAAUGGGGGUGUCCCAAAGAUCCUGACGAUCCCUGCCCUAAUGUAGCUCAGGCAGGGGAAGAGUAGCAAAGCUGCAGUCAGAAGUUAAACAGAAGUUUUUGUGGCUGAGGAUGCCCAGUAUGAAUCUGGGAAAUGGAUUAUGCCUGAGGCAGCCAUCUGUUUGUAGAACUCAAUUGAUCCCCAACCUGCCAGGCUUCCUAUCCCAUAGGAAACAUCCUCAUCGAUCCGCUUCAGUUGGAGCCUUCCAAGUUUAAUCUGGAAGACAAAAUGUUUGGAAACCAAGAGGCUCACUCAAAACAGCACAGGGAGUCCUCAGAGUUGCAAUUCAAUUAAUUUUAAUUGGAAAAUUAUGAAAAAGGGAAUAACCCUCUUAAUCUCGCACAGUGCCUUGCCUAGAAUAGGUAUUAAGAAAAUUACUUGUGGAAGGAAUAAAUGGAAGAAUACAUGAGAAAACAUAAGAAAAAAUGGGUAUAUAAAUCCUAAUUAAAAAUAGAGGUAGACAUGAGAUGCCUGGCAUUUUGGAACAUGAUUACAGAUGGCCAGCUCUUUAUUCAGCAUCUCCAGCAUCCUCAUGUGCCUCUCAUCAAAGCUCCCUCCCACCUGUAGGAGAUGAGCAAGGCAAGGUACUGCUCAGAGGGGACCUCAUUGUUCUUAUGAUCUAGCUCUGUGAUUCUCAAAGUGUGGUACCUGGACCCAGCAGAAUCAGCAUCACCUCAGACUUAUUAGAAAAUGCAAAUUUGGGGUUCCCUUACUACAGACCUACUGAAUCAGAAACUCCAGGGCAUAGGGCCCAGCAGUCUUUUUUCACCAGAUCUUCAGUUUAUUGUGAUAUACGCAGAAGUUUGGGAACUGCUGCACUCUGCCACUCCAGCUCAGUCCCAAAGAGAAGGUAGUAAUGAGAGCCUACAAAUGGGAGGGACCCAAGUGCCUACUGACUCGCUAACAGCAGGUGCAAACAGUACAAUGAGGAGUUUGGUGGGCUUCUGGCCAGAGGAGUGGCAGGGGAGGGAUGGAUGUGGAUUCAGGGCAAGCUAAAAAUCUGAUAUUAAAACAUUUUCCGAAAAUCCCAGAAGGCAAAUUGUGCGCGCUCUCCCUUGGACUACCCAACCAACAUUUUCUCCUUUGCCUUAUUCCUAAUUGGAUUCACUGUCCAAAAUGCAGAGGUUUGCUUUGCUUUUUUUCAGAAGUUCCAAACAGCAACUUUGAGAGCAAUGGGGUGUUUGGCAGCUGUUCUGUGUUUUCCAGGAUUCCAACUGAGCAUUGAAAUCCCUCAUUUGCCAACUUAUUUUUAUAGGAAGCCAAUUUAAAAAAAAAAAAAAAGAGAGAAAGUUUUCUUAUAGUAUUGGAACUACUUCUAAUUUUAAAAUGACUUUUUUGAUGUAUUUUUUUGUUAAAUACUAUGUAGUGUAAUGUAUACUUGCUCUUGUUUAUUGCU